GUUUCUGCGGAGGAACCAUCUGCUUGGCCAACUUCCAGCACGUUGGCCUGAUAUUAAAUGAAAUAAAUCAACGCCGGACCGAAUGAUCCGCAAAGUAGUGGUGGGCGUUUCGGGGGGCGUGGACAGCGCCGUCAGUGCCCACCUGUUGGCAGAGCGAGGAUUCAACGUCCUGGGCGUCUUCAUGCGGAACUGGGAUGAACUGGACGAGGUGGGUCGCUGCAGCGGGGAGGCGGACUUGAAGGACGCGGAGUGGGCGUGCCGCCGGCUGGGCGUGGAGCUGCGCCAAGUAAACUACGUGCGCGAGUACUGGGCGGCGGUGUUCAGCCAGUUCCUGGACGACUACCAACAGGGAUUGACCCCCAAUCCGGACAUCCUGUGCAACCGCCACAUCAAGUUCGACCUCUUCCACAAGCACGUCCUUGAGAAUCUCGGCUACGACGCCGUGGCCACGGGUCACUAUGCCCGCAACAGCUUGGGCAACUUUCUGGAGGGGAUUGGGAGCCAAGAGGAAGCCCGUCUGCUUAUUCCCGCCGAUACCUUCAAGGACCAGACAUUUUUCCUGGCCGGGAUCCGACGACAAGCUCUGCAGCGCACCAUGUUUCCCCUGGGAGAUUUGCACAAGAGCCAGGUCAAGCAGCUGGCCACCAAGAUCGGCCUCCAGCGCCUGGCCAAGAAGAAAGAGAGCACGGGCAUCUGUUUCGUGGGCAAGCGCAACUUUAAGGACUUUAUAAAGGAGUACAUAACUUCCAGGAAGGGUCCCUUCCUAGACGUCGACAGUGGAGCUGUGGUUGGUCACCACGAGGGCAUCCAUCAGUGGACAGUGGGCCAACGUUGCCGCCUGAGCUCGUUCCUGCAGCCCUACUUCGUAGCCAAAAAAGAGGUCGCCAGCAAUAGCAUCUAUGUGGCGGCUGGCCACGAUCACCCCGCCCUUCUAAGCACCCACAUAAACAUCGACGCACCCAAUUGGCUGUGUUCCCAGUCCCAAAGAAGGCUGGCGGACACGGGCAACCUGCGAUGCCGCUUCCGAUUCCAGCACACCAAGCCCCUUGUGGGCUGCCAACUGAGGAUCUCUCCCAGAAACCACUUCCAAGUCCUGUUGGAUGCUCCCUUGAGAGCCAUAACGCCUGGACAAUAUGCUGUGUUCUACGAUGACACAGCUUGUUUGGGUUCGGCCCGCAUUUUGAGCGCCGACCCUCUUAAGACACCCCUAGAGGCACAGCAGAACCAGGUUGGAAAUCUAGUUAGUUGAUUAUUCCGCUGGAAAGACAUUGUAUAUACCAUAAAGCAGCCUGAAUACAUCUAGGAACAUUGAGUGGCCGUCAGCGUU